CAACAGGACAGACGUGACCAGCAGCAAGUGCAACAAAGUCCCCAAUCUCUGACAGUCUCGGCAGGAGGGACUUCAGUUCUGAACUGCACUUAUGAGGACAGCACAUUUGACUACUUCCCAUGGUACCGGCAGUUCCCUGGUGAAGGCCCUACACUUCUGAUUGCCAUACGAUCCGUGUCGAAUAAAAAGGAAGAUGGAAGAUUCACAGUCUUCUUCAGGAAAAGUGAUAAACAACUCUCCUUGCACAUCACAGAUUCUCAGCCUGGAGACUCAGCCACCUACUUCUGUGCAGCAAGUGCACAGUGCUCUCCAGGCACCUGCAGCCCAUACCCAAACCUGCAGCUGAGGCUCCAGCAAAAGCCCGCUGUGGGGCUGAGCCUGGCAGAGGUGCAGAGGGGUUUUUAUCUGCAGGAUCAGGUGACAGGAUCCAAUUUGGGCCAGAAAGUGACUCAGGUCCAGCCAACUGCAAGCACACAGGAGGGGGAAGAGGUCACUCUGGACUGUUCUUAUGAGACAAGAUCGGACAUCUAUUUUCUUUUUUGGUACAAGCAGCUUCUUAAUGGAGAGAUGAUUGUUCUUAAUCGCCAGCUUUCUUCUUCUACUCAGACUGAGAAGAGCAGUCGCUACUCUGUUGUCUUUCAGGAAUCAACCAACUCCAUCAGACUUGUUAUUUCAGCCUCACAGCUAGAAGAUUCG